UUAAAUAAAACAGUGUGAAAAUAUCCGAGGGCAAAAUAAAAGUCGUACUGUAUUCAGUUGCAGCCGCUGCAGACCAAACUCUCAUUGGGCCUCCAGUUGUUCAUCUGAUCUCUCCUCCGCCAUUUUACAGCACUAUACUGCAGGAAACACACGCUAAAACAGCGACUGAACCCUCGCCCCGCACACACACAUGAUCCGGACCGCCGGUCCCACAGCUUUAGCGCCGGUGUGAGGAGAGGUUCGCCUGGAUUUGGACCGAUCCCGCGCUCGCUCAGGACCAGAGAUGGAGGCCAUCUAUGGGGAGAUGGAGGUGGAGAGCUGCUACACGCUUCUGGAACUUCCUUCGCCCAAGAAGAAACGCAAGAGCAAAGGCAGCAUGGAAAACUCAGAAAAACCCAAGAAGCCCAGGUCAGCGUAUCUGCUGUAUUACUUCGACGUGCAUCAGAGCGUCCAGCAGGAGCAUCCGGACCUGCCGCAGUCUGAGAUCAACAAAUGCAUCAGCGACAGCUGGAAGAGGCUGAACGUGGCGGAUCGAGGUUAUUACCUGGAGAGAGCACGCAUGGAGAAAGACGGCAUUGACCCAAGCAGCCAAUCAGCAGCUGCAUCCUCUCAGGACGUACCAGGUUUCCGCAAGAUCCUCCCGAGGGCGAAUUACGUGCUCCUGCCCAAGAGUUCAGCGGGAGGCGAACGGGUCGAGAGAGACGGAGAGACGGACACGCUGGCGGAUGGGGCCGUGGAUGGAGCCCCUCAGGCCCCGGCGCAGGAGACGCUGGUGUCCCCCAUGACUCUGGGCAGUGAGGUGGAGCUGGUGGAGCAGUGCAUCGCCGUCGAGGCGCUCAGUGAGGACGCACCAUCCCAGAAUGCCACUGAAAGACUACCAGCUCUCGGCCAGGAUGCUCACAAAGCCGCCGCUCUGCUUGUGAAGAGGGAGGAGUCUCGAGUGUCGUAUGGUGACGUUGGCAUGGCGAUAGAGAGUGGAAUGGAGGGCGGGGCUUUGAUGCCACAGAUCAAAGCAGAUGCCACUCAUCUAGUUGCUAUAAUACCCAAUCAGGGUAAAGUGAUUAACACAGCCAGUCCAAUUAUGAUGUUUCCAUUAGUGAGCAGUGUGAAACCAGAACCCAAACCCUCAUUUAAACUGCCCAUCAGAUACACACGGCGAGGACGGGGCAACUGCACCACACCCGGGUGUGUGUUUUCAUAUGUCACCCGUCACAAACCGCCCCAGUGCCCUGACUGCGGACAACACCUCGGGGGGAAAUGGGUGGCACCUGCUAAGAGAAGCUCGGUCAAAACGUCUGACCCGUCUUCAGGAAAACAGUGUGAUGAUUCCAAGCCUCAUCCGUCAGACCCUAAUGAGACGUCAUCAAAAGACACAGAACGGACAGAAGAGCAGACAAUCGCUUCCGUUAUUACUCAGAAAACCUCUUCAGAUAAAGCUCAGGACGGCGGGACUGCGGCUGCUCGCAGGGCGGCCCGUAGAAAGGGAGAGCGGGUGAAUGCAGCGUCAGCCCAACAAACACUCGAUAGAGCCGCUGUCAAAACAUCUGAUGGAGCGCAGAGCGCCGAAUGCACAGCUGUGCUAUCAUUGGGUGGUGGUCAAAUUCAGGUUGUCACGAGAGAAAAAGCCAGCAGUGCUUUACAGAAACGCCGGAUACGAGCUAUUCUUCCAGCUCCCGCACAGAAUAAUACGGCCGCUCAGUCUGCAGUGGUGCAGUGGAUCACGGUUCCUCCUGAUAAAGUCAAAUCAGACGCUACUGUCAUCAAAGCUGUGAAACCAUCAGCCAAUGAACACAUCGCAGGCCUGAAACCCAGCACCCUCAAACAGCUGGGUCACAUGAUCACACCCAGUGCCUUACAACAGAAGCCCAUCACGGUCAGCAGUAACCAGUACAUCAUCACAGACAACGGCGUCAAGAUCCUCUCCAUGCUGCCCUACAAGAAGACAGCUGGAUCCUCCCUAGCUCUGGGUUUGUCUACAGCGAGAGGUCGCGGUCGAUGUAAGAAUCCCGCGUGUGAUUACGUCUAUAAGAACAGACACAAACCUCAACACUGUCCGACCUGCGGCUGUGAACUCACCAACAAACCCACCAAGAAGAACAAACUCACUCCGUCCGCUGAGGAUGUGUGCUUGUCUGCGGUUCUGUGGGACGUGUCUCAGCCUCUGAGCGGCGCUCAGAAAGAGCAGCAGCGUCACUCCACCGUCAGUCUGCUGCGCUCCUGUCUGCAGUUCCCCGAGAGCGAGAGCGAGCUACAGGAUGUCUUCAGCCUCAUACAGCAGCUCAACGGCCAGCAGAAGCACACCGAGGAGACCAGCGGAUGGCCGAGCUUCUACGAGCCGGCGGCCACGCACUGCAGUCUGUGUCAACAUCCACUGCUCAAAGGAGACCAGAGUUCGCUUGCGGGGUUGGAGGAAUGCUGGUUGUUGAUGGAGUGCUUGAUUCGUCCCGUCACUCUACAGCUGAAAGUCUGUACGAAUCUCCAGUGUCUGGCCAUACACAGUUUCACAGACCUGCACCCGGGUCUGUUUAACGUGGGUAAUAAGCUGCUGGUGACGCUGGAUUUGUUCUUUAAGAUGAGACAUCAGAUCAGACUGGGCGAUGAACCUGCACACGCCGCUCUCAGUAUAAUCAAACACUCACUGACGCUCACAGACGGCGCGUUGAGCUCGGAUCAGCUGUCGUGUGUUCAGGACCUGUUCUGCAGCGGUUACUGGGCGUUUGAGUGUCUGACGGUUCGAGACUAUAACGACAUGAUCUGUGGCGUGUGCGGCAUCGCUCCCAAACUGGAGAUCGCACAACGCAACUCCAACAACGUGUUACUGCUCAAAAACGUGGAGUUCACAUGGCCUGAUUUCCAGGCGACAGAUGAGGUCCACGUUGACGAGUUUUGGCUGACGAUGGAGAACGAGGCGCUGGAACAGGCAGCGUUUCCCUCCAGCUUUCCCAUCACACGCUUUGACGCCUCUAUCAUCGCCCCGUUCAUCCCUCCUCUCAUGAGAAACACCACCGUCAUCAACACCGAGAAAGACAAAAUCACAUCUGACAUGCAGCUCAGAGGUCGGUAUAACAUGAACCAGACGAAGCCCAUCACGGUCAGCAGUAACCAGUACAUCAUCACAGACAACGGCGUCAAGAUCCUCUCCAUGCUGCCCUACAAGAAGACAGCUGGAUCCUCCCUAGCUCUGGGUUUGUCUACAGCGAGAGGUCGCGGUCGAUGUAAGAAUCCCGCGUGUGAUUACGUCUAUAAGAACAGACACAAACCUCAACACUGUCCGACCUGCGGCUGUGAACUCACCAACAAACCCACCAAGAAGAACAAACUCACUCCGUCCGCUGAGGAUGUGUGCUUGUCUGCGGUUCUGUGGGACGUGUCUCAGCCUCUGAGCGGCGCUCAGAAAGAGCAGCAGCGUCACUCCACCGUCAGUCUGCUGCGCUCCUGUCUGCAGUUCCCCGAGAGCGAGAGCGAGCUACAGGAUGUCUUCAGCCUCAUACAGCAGCUCAACGGCCAGCAGAAGCACACCGAGGAGACCAGCGGAUGGCCGAGCUUCUACGAGCCGGCGGCCACGCACUGCAGUCUGUGUCAACAUCCACUGCUCAAAGGAGACCAGAGUUCGCUUGCGGGGUUGGAGGAAUGCUGGUUGUUGAUGGAGUGCUUGAUUCGUCCCGUCACUCUACAGCUGAAAGUCUGUACGAAUCUCCAGUGUCUGGCCAUACACAGUUUCACAGACCUGCACCCGGGUCUGUUUAACGUGGGUAAUAAGCUGCUGGUGACGCUGGAUUUGUUCUUUAAGAUGAGACAUCAGAUCAGACUGGGCGAUGAACCUGCACACGCCGCUCUCAGUAUAAUCAAACACUCACUGACGCUCACAGACGGCGCGUUGAGCUCGGAUCAGCUGUCGUGUGUUCAGGACCUGUUCUGCAGCGGUUACUGGGCGUUUGAGUGUCUGACGGUUCGAGACUAUAACGACAUGAUCUGUGGCGUGUGCGGCAUCGCUCCCAAACUGGAGAUCGCACAACGCAACUCCAACAACGUGUUACUGCUCAAAAACGUGGAGUUCACAUGGCCUGAUUUCCAGGCGACAGAUGAGGUCCACGUUGACGAGUUUUGGCUGACGAUGGAGAACGAGGCGCUGGAACAGGCAGCGUUUCCCUCCAGCUUUCCCAUCACACGCUUUGACGCCUCUAUCAUCGCCCCGUUCAUCCCUCCUCUCAUGAGAAACACCACCGUCAUCAACACCGAGAAAGACAAAAUCACAUCUGACAUGCAGCUCAGAGGGGACCCAUCUGUUCUGGUGCGUCUGAUCCAUGAGGGUCGUCUGAUUCCAAAUCAGAUGGAUCUGCAUAGCGAGGAGGAGCUCAGAGACGUGCUGGAGAAAUGUGGGANUCCUGCUGCUGCAGACACUGAUAAAGACGAGCUGCUGGCGUCUGUGUCUUUGCUGCAUUCUCACUCACAGAGCGGCCUGUGGACGGCACAGCAGCCCGACGCGCUCAUGACGGCAGGCAGAGUCAGUAAAGUGUGUCCUCAUCAGGUCGUGUGUGGAUCCAAGUAUAUCGUCCGCAGAGAAAGCGCUCGAGAUCAUCUGGACCUGCUGGUUUCGUCCAGGUUUUGGCCGCCGGUGUACGUGGCGGAUUGUGCCCAGAAGGUGGCGCUCUGCACUGAUGUAUUAUAUCCUCAACUGGCCUCACAGAUGUGGGGGGAAAAUCAGGGAUGUUUCUCUGACCCUACAGCACCACCACAGUACGUCUCCUGCUCGGAGCUUCAGGACCAGCCGUACAGUUUGGAUCUGACAGCGACUGAGUCCAACCCUCAUCUGCACCCGCUCACCAAAUCCGCCUCUCGCUGGAUAGUGCGACCCGACAGACCGAGCGCUCUCCACGAUGCCCACCACGCCAUCACCCUCUGCAAAGAGCUGGAGCCGUACGCCGGCGCCGUCACAGAGAUCUGUGACAAACCCGAGGGUGAAACCAGCUUCGACGACAGCAGCGCAACGGCAUUUCGGCGGAAAGCUCUCGUGUUCGAUAACGCAGCGUAUUACUACCUCUAUAACCGCCUGCUGGACUUCCUGAGCAGCAGAGACAUCGUGAACCAGCAGAUCGCGGAGGUGCUGAGCGCCUGUCAGCCGGGGGAGGUGGUGAUGAUCAGAGACGCCCUCUACAGGCUGGGAGUCGCACAGAUCAACUCGGACCCGCAGGAAGUGGAGGAGGAAACGGCUGACGGAGGACUGGACAAACACUCGGACGGAGUCGUGUUCGAGGAGGUGAUGCUCAUCUGACUCAGGUUUACUCAACAUUUUUUAAAUAAAAAAGACAAAAUGUGCCUGGAAA